AUGCUAGAUAACACAAAAUUAGGAGAAUCUAGAAAAUUGGGACUCACCGGUCGUCCCUUAGAUCGAGAAAUCGGUGUUCUCAGCACUAGUAAACUUUAUCAACUGGGACAAAAAUUUGUGAUUUUUACACCGCAGUUUAUGGAUCAAAAACGUUCAUAUUUAAUGUAUGACAUCCGAAUUCUGAUGAAUGAAUGGAGCUCUGAGCUUCAGUAUAUAUAUAGCAGUUGGAAUAAUACGUCAGUGUCUGGUCGACCAUUGAUAGUACUAAUUGUUGCGAAGAAUAUGCUUGAAGCAGAUAUGACACCAAAUGAUAGUUCCUUCACUGAUGUUCACAUGAAAGCGUCCGUUAUAGGAACGAUCAGAAAAAUUGCAACAGGUUAUAUAGGUGGUGCUCGAGUAGUCAUGAAGAAUGUAUCGGGUUUUUUCCGAACUGCAGCUGUUAGCAAAUUGGAAUUUUAUGGAAAUCCAGAAGAUUUGUUUUAUGAGCAGAACAAAGAAGCAAUUUAUCGGAAUCUACCAUCUUCGGACAAUUCAGGAUUAGCCGUUCCGUCACAAACGACUCGACAAUUAUCAAUGAGAAGCAAUGCUGAGCGCUACAGUAUUGUGUACAAUACCUCAAUGCGACAUCGCAGUAUCAUGAUUGACAGCGACGAUCAAGGCAAACUUUUCUAUCUUAUCAGGCUGUAUUUGCUCCAUAGUAAACAAGAAGAAAGCAAUCCGUCCAAAACAAAUGGCAUAUCUCAGUCAUCAUCUCUGAAACGUUUUUUAUCACCUGAAAAACAUAGUUCUGCAGAUAAUUUGAUUCGAACGUCAUCGACAGCAUCUCUCAGAAGUAUAUCCAGUGUCGAUUCAGAGAAAAAAUUAGACACAGCACAGAUGGACGAGAUGUCAACAGAAGAUUUGAUUGAUAUGUUAAGAGGCACAAAUGUUUUAGAUGAACAAGCAUCAAUUGUCCAUUAUUUAUGGAUGAAAAAGGGACCUGAUUUUGAUAUUGAAUUAAGUGACAUGAAAGGUGCAACUGUUCGAGCACUAAUGGAAGAAAUAUAUCUAAAGGCAUGUGAAAGUCGUAAUUGGGCUUUGAUUCGUCUCUCGUUUGGACUCUUGAAGCGUGUGUUGGAAGAAUUAUCCAAAUCAGUAACUCAUCUUUUAGUACGUCAAAAGCAGAUCACUGUUGGUAUGCCAUCAAAGAAUGAAGAAGCUAUUACAAUACCAAAAACUAAAGAAGAACUACAUGAAAUUUUUAAACGCGCUUACAGCGAUGAUGCAAUUGGUUAUGCUUUAUCUCAGAUAGUUCAAGAUCGCGCACUCUUUCAUCCACUGAACUGUUUUCUAAGUUUGUGUGGUUCCAUGUGGCGCAAGAAAAUAGCUCAAAUCACGGAUUUCGCUAACAUCGUGCAUUUAAUACUGCCGACGUUUGAUAGUAGACCGUGA